UUAAAGAAAGAGAAAAAGAAAAGUGCAGAGAUAGUGUAAUCAUUUUUAAGAUUCUAGCUUGAUAUAAAAUAAUAUAUAAUACGAUAAUUUUUAGAAAUUUAUAUGGAAAUAGUAGACGCAGAGAAAGAAGUAAAGAUAAAAAGAGAUUUCUCAUAGUUCGAUCUGUUGAUAAAGAAAUAGCAAAAGAAAAUUUUGCUUAUAUUUUAAAAUGGACGAGAACGCUCGCACAAUUUAUUGCGGAAAUAUAAGUGAAAAAAUAACUGAGGAUAUUCUUUAUGAAUUAUUCCUACAAGGAGGUCCUGUACAAAAAAUAACCAUUCCUAAAGAUCGCGAUGGCAAACAAAGAACAUAUGCAUUUAUUACAUAUAAACAUAUACAUUCUGUGGAAUAUGCUUUACGUUUAUUUGAUGGUACAGAACUGUACAAUCGUACUCUUAAUAUGAAACCAAGAAAUAAUGCUGAAUCACAGCAAAUGGAACAAUCUUUGAAUUCUGUUCACAAGAAUUUAAAUCAUAUGUUACAAUUAGGGCAGCAAAUGAUCUUUGGAAAUUAUCCACCGCAAAGUGGCAAUGCAAUGCAUGUUUUUGGACAUAUUACACAAAAUGUUCCAACAUAUUCAAGACAAUUGGAUGCAAACUCUGGCAAUGACGAUAGAAUUAGAAGAACUCAUCCUUAUCAAAGGAAUAGAGAUAGAAAACAAGAAAGAGAUAGAAAUCAAGAGAGAGGUAGAAAUCAAGAGAGAAACAGGGAUAGAAAUCGAGAGAGAGAUAGAGAAAGAGAAAAAGAUAAAGAUAAGGCAAGAAGCAGAGAACAAAAUGAUCAUUACAGAGAUGAAAGAUCAUACUAUAAUAGAGAUAAUUGGAAUAGUCACCGUUCCAAUGGCCAUUCCCGAUAUAAUGACAAUAAAAAAAGAUGGACUCAUUGAUAAUAAGUAUUGUUUGGCUGUUGUUAACUGGAUUUUUCAUUAAUUUCUAAAUUUAACAGAAUAAGCGUAGAUUUAGUUUUGUUUUCUUUUUCUUUUGCUCUGACAUAAAUACAUCCAUUGAUAAUACAAUUUUAUCAAAUUGUAAUUUUCAGUAUAUAGCUACAAUUUUGUAAAUAUUUUAAUUCUGUUUUAUAAUAUGUAUAAUUAUAUAUGUUAAUAUAUACCAUAUGUAUAUAGGGUGUGCAUCAUACAAGCUUUUAUAUGGCAUAAAAGUUUCCAUAUAAAUUGCUAAAACAAAUAAAUGUAUUUUUGCCACAUUUAAUAUUGCCUAUUGAGAAAGAUAUAUAUUGUAAGAAAAAAAAUAUACACACCAUUACCACACCAAAUGAUUGAAGUUAUAUUGGAAAAACUU